UUCACGGCAGUUAAUGGUUUUUCUUCCUUCCAGCUCUGUAUAAAUAGUCCCAUUGUGUUUCUCUUGACCGACGCCCCGUGUAGACAUCUUCAGACUCCAAGUCGACUCAGUUCCGGCCGUUCUAACUCGCUCCGGAUUCCGAUCGGGACUCUGAAUUUUGGAUUUUGUGACAUUUUGAGGAAAAGCAGCAGACAUUCCACAAUGAAGGCGCUGAUUCUUGUUGGAGGGUUUGGUACACGGUUGAGGCCAUUGACCCUCAGCGUACCUAAACCACUUGUUGAAUUUGCCAACAAACCUAUGAUCCUGCAUCAGAUUGAGGCACUUAAAGAAAUUGGAGUGACUGAAGUGGUUUUGGCUAUUAACUACCAACCAGAGGUAAUGUUGAACUUCUUGAAGGAAUUUGAGGCUAAGCUAGGGAUCAAGAUCACUUGCUCACAAGAGACGGAGCCACUUGGCACUGCUGGUCCUCUGGCUCUGGCUAGGGACAAAUUGAUUGAUGAUUCUGGUGAACCAUUUUUUGUUCUGAACAGUGAUGUUAUCAGCGAGUACCCACUCAAAGAAAUGAUAGAAUUCCACAAAGCCCAUCGAGGAGAGGCUUCCAUAAUGGUGACCAAGGUGGAUGAGCCAUCAAAAUAUGGUGUGGUGGUUAUGGAAGAAUCCACAGGGAAGGUUGAGAGAUUUGUGGAAAAACCAAAAAUAUUUGUUGGGAACAAAAUCAAUGCUGGAAUAUAUCUGUUGAACCCAUCUGUUCUUAAUCGAAUUGAACUUAGACCCACCUCAAUUGAGAAAGAGGUCUUCCCAAAAAUUGCAGCAGAUAAACAGCUCUAUGCAAUGAUCCUCCCAGGCUUUUGGAUGGACAUUGGACAGCCAAGAGAUUAUAUUACUGGUCUGAGACUCUAUCUAGACUCUUUGAGAAAGAAAUCCUCAUCUAGGUUAGCCAAUGGCCCCCAUGUUGUGGGAAAUGUUUUGGUGGAUGAGACUGCCAAAAUUGGAGACGGAUGUUUGAUUGGACCUGAUGUAGCAAUAGGUCCGGGUUGUGUUGUUGAGUCAGGAGUUAGACUCUCUCGCUGCACUGUGAUGCGUGGGGUUCGCAUCAAGAAGCAUGCUUGCAUUUCUAGCAGCAUCAUAGGGUGGCACUCCACUGUUGGUCAAUGGGCUCGUGUGGAAAACAUGACAAUCCUUGGAGAAGAUGUCCAUGUAUGCGAUGAAAUUUACAGCAAUGGAGGUGUGGUUUUGCCUCACAAAGAGAUCAAAUCAAGCAUUUUGAAGCCAGAGAUAGUAAUGUGAGGGAACAGCAUGGCGAUCCAUAGAAUAUGUUUAGGCAGGGAGAUGAUAUGUGUUUUGUUAUUCCCUUUUCUCUAAGUGUAGAAAUCAGUUUCUGCUGGUUCAAAUGAUGCGAGUCAAGCUGCUGAAUGUUUGUCUAUUUAUGGAGGGCACAAAGACAAAGUGUUGAUCUUGGUGUGAGAAGUGUGAUUUAGCUAUGUACAUAGAAAUAAAUGUUCUCAUUCUCAGGCUUUUCCUAUAAUUUAUCAAUGGCAAAUUCUUUGUUCCAUCCUGCCAUCUGAAUAUGGAUUCUUGCUGUUGGUGGGAUUUUUUUCUUUCUUUUUUUUAAAAAACAAUUUCUGUAAUAUGGCUCUCAUCAAGUGUCGGUGGCUAAAUUAUCAACUUUGUUCUUUAGUAA